GCCGGAGCGAUAACUUCCGGCGGAAGAAGCGGCCGCUUGCGGGUCCUCCAGGUGCACCCCGCUGGCGGGCUGCGCCCUGGGAGGGGGUCUAGCAAGUUUGAUGCCCACAGACUGUAAUGAACUGUCAUCAAUAUUUCCAUUCAGCUGAUCUAAGAAGGCCCGCAUUUUUUUCAAUGGAUGAUGGCAUUUGAACAGAUACCCAAAAAGGAUUGGUACAGCAUUCUGGGGGCAGACCCAUCUGCAAGUCUUUCAGACCUAAAACAAAAAUAUCAAAAACUCAUAUUGAUGUAUCAUCCAGAUAAACAAAGCGCAGAUGUGCCAGCAGGAACAGUGGAGGAAUGUAUACAGAAGUUCAUCGAAAUUGAUCAGGCAUGGAAAAUUCUAGGGAAUGAGGAGACAAAAAAAGAGUAUGACCUGCAGCGGCAUGAAGAUGAUCUGAGAAAUAUGGGACCAGUAGAUGCUCAAGUGUAUCUUGAAGAAAUGUCUUGGAAUGAAGAUGAUCACUCUUUCUCUCUGAGUUGCCGAUGUGGUGGAACAUAUAGUAUUUCCAAGGAUGAAGCAGAAGUUGCUACCCUGAUUUCCUGUGAUACAUGUUCACUUAAAAUAGAAUUACUUCAUUAUAGCUAAAAUUGUUUACUAAUUGGAACCUUUUAAAAAUAAUUCAGACAUGGUGUGAGUCCAAUUCAACUUUGUCUAUUCAGGCAAAUUAUUAAGGUAGGGGGGAGUGGUGGGGAUGUGGUAGGACUCCUCCUUAUCAGCUAUUUACAGAGAAAAAAAAUGGUUGCUAAACAUAGGCCCAUCUCAAAUUAAUAAAAAGUUCAUUAUUUCUAUUUAUUUUUAUAAAUUUCCUUUAAAAAAAACUUGAAUUAAAUAGUUAAAUCCCAGCUAUUUAUUCUUCUCUUUGAUACAAUGUGCUUUUUUAUUAAAUAAAUAAGCAUGUUCUUCUGAGUCAUAUUUAUAUUUUUGUUAAUUUUAUUUGGGGCCACACCCUGAGGGUUUUACUCCAGACUCUGCACACAGGGGUCACCUCUCUCUGGCCAUUCUCAGGGGAUCAGGUAUGUUGCCAAGGAUUAAAAUUAGGUCAGCCACAUGUAAGGUAAAUGCCCUAUCCACUCUAUUAUCUCCUGGUCCCCUUUAUUUUUAAUUACUAAUGUCAUUUUUUUUCCCUAGGUGCUAAGCUACAAGCUUUCUGUACACCUAUCUCUAAUAAAACCAAAUUGUAAUCUUGUGCCUAGUUCUUGCAUAGUAAAGGACACAUAUGGAUAGUCUUGGGACUAUUUCAGUUAAUAAUAAAGAUGACAAAAUGACAAAUAUAGUAAGGAUAAUUUUGGAAUUAGAAGAUGACUCUAAUCCUCACUCUGUAUUUAUGCAUAGGGCUCAUGAAUACUGCCUUCUUCAACUUUUAAUUGAUUUAAGAAAUGACAGUUAAGAAGAUUAAUUUGAAAUAGGCACAUUAUGUUUUGUUUCAGAGUACUGAGAAUAUUAAUGCCUAUAUUCAUAAAGACCUGUUGCAUUCCUUUUAUGAUAAAAUGUACUUUAAUAAUACUAAUUUUAAGACUACAGAUUUUAUUUUUCAUAUAGUAUUUAUGUACAGUAUAAGUCAGAUGUCAAAUAACUUUCCAGGGAUCUUUUGGGGAAUUUCUGAAUUCCUUUACCAGCAAAAUGAGUAAGAUGAGCAUAUGAUUUGUGAUUUAGCAACAUUUUUUCACUGAAUUAUUUGUUGGAUUAGACUUUUAAAAUGUGAUCUGUUUUCCUUUCAGUGUAGUAGUCAGAUUCAAGUACCACUCAGACUUGAGUCUUGCAUAUUCAAGUAGAUUACUCCCAUUUUAUCUAUAAAACUGAAAAUUAAAAAUAUCAGGGAGUCCAUCGAAAUUUUCUCCCUUAAAACAGUUUCAUACUUAUUAAUGUAUAUAACUUGUUUUGGACUGCAUUUUAA